CCGCAGGGAAACCCAAGAGGAGGGGGGAGAUGGUUGUGAUGACAAGCUCGCCUUGAGCUGAAUAGGCCUAUGGGGACAUAAGUGUGGCUCUGCGAGGGGUUCAGACUCUCCCUGAUCUCUCAGGAACAAACCUCACUGACUGUGUUUUGCCCUGAUCUCAGUGACACUGUUUGGAUAACACAGACGACUUCUGUCCUCUCAGCAGGAUAUUUGUUACGUCGUUCCAACUGAGCAUCUUACCGUAGAUGAGAAUGGCCAUCCUUUAUAUCAAGCACAAGCACCUGUGGAUUUACGUCUUGAAUUAUGAGAAACUGUAAAUUACAAGAAUAAUGGAGAUUCCAUCCUCGGGGAAUUUGGACGGACAUCAGUGUUGGAAAGCUUCAGGAUUUCAAAAGUUCUCACCACAGGACUUCACCUCAGAAGGCUGCGUUCUCUCGUCUGUCAACACAGCACACCACAGAGAGGAUGAUCGCCUCCCUGAAGCCGAAAGUUCGCAGUUGGAGCCGGAUGAGGACAUAAACAAUGUGAAGAACACUCACGUCGCUGUCAGUCAUAACAACGUUGAAUUUGCGGAAGGUGUGUGCGUACAGCAGCCUGAACACGUGUCAGUCAUUCCUGGUGAAACGUCUCCGGAAAGAAGUGCACUGGCCUCAGCUCAGGGUCAUGAUGCAGGUAUUGUAUCCCCACUGCUUGAGUCAAAUAACAACACUUGCGGUGACUUUUCACUUUGUGUUGCUGUUGCAGAAAAGCAGUCUGACCCGACGGUUAAAGGGAAAAAAACAAACUUUGAAAGGUUAGAUUUGAUCCCAAAUGGACAUGUAUUUAAACCCCAAGAGGAUCUCAAUCUGGACUCUACUUCUACCGUCAUGCCCCCUGUGUCUGAUCCGGAUCUCGGCUGUAGUGCCCUGGAUCUCCCUCGCAUCAUAAAGCACAAGCCCAGCUCCAUCUCUUUCUCAAACUACACCUGCCCCCCCGCAGCCGAUGGACCCACUUUUGUCAUUGAGAGCUCUGAAGAUGGAGAGUCUUCAUCAGAGGAGGAGAGCGACCACCAUGAUGGUGAUAACGAUGAGGACGAUGAUGUGUUCCUUGAGCUGCCUCAGUGCAGAGAGCUGCCUGUCAAUCACAGGAAAAGAAGUAAAGAGAAGCAGAAGAGGAGAGACGCUGCAUGUGCGCAGGGGGGAAUCGAUCAGAUGACCAGAAACGGUGGAUAUGAAGCAGAGGGGGAGAGCAGAAACGAUCAGGAGUGUCCACAGGUGACAUCUCCCUGGUCGGAGUCGAUGAGCCAGUUGAUGAUGAAACUGGACCAGCUUCAUCAGGACAUAGAGGAGGCUCUGAGUGCCAGCUCGUCCCCCUCCGACACACCCUGUACCACCCGCAAAAAACAGUGGGGUGCUGUUUCCAAGUCCACGUCAAACCAAGCCCCGACCCAGAGCGACCGAGUCCUCCGGACGGGACCAGAGAGAGGGGGAUGUCCGAGCCAGGAAAGGUCUUCAGCUCCUUGCAGCGCCUCGAUGGGAACGAGAGCAACAAACAAGAAGACAAUGUUCAACAAGAUGACCAACGCAGCAGGAGCAGAGAUCGAGGCGAAAGAGGCGUGCGACUGGCUGCGGGCAGCAGGAUUUCCCCAGUAUGCUCAGCUUUUUGAAGAUUCCCAGUUCCCCAUUGACAUUUCUCCAGUGAAAAGAGAUCAUGACUUUCUGGACAAAGAUCUCGUGGAACCUCUGUGCAGGCGACUCAACACCUUGAACAAGUGUGCCUCUAUGAAACUUGACGUGAACCUUCCGAAGAAGAAAAGUGAAGACUCUGAUGAAGAAGACUUGUUUGCUAUCAGCGACAAAUGGACAUUUGAGUGGAGCAGCCGGCGCUGGUCCAGAUUGCAAGAUAUUGACUGUCUGCUGGAAAGCCAGGGAGAGGGUCAUCCUUCCAGGGACGACGUUCCUCUUAGAACCACCACCAGCAGCGAGAGCGUUCUGACUGACCUCAGUGAGCCGGAGGUCUCUUCUCUGCAUAGCGAGAGCAGCGGCGGCAGCGGUCACAGGGGCCUCAGCGCAGAGGACUCUGACUGCUCCAACCGCACCUGCUCAGAUUCCGCUGCAAUGCCAGACUCUACUUCCCUCACAAUGCCUCACAUCCCCAAAGAGAUCUCUCACUUCGGCUCUAUAACUGACAAACACGGCAAGACAGGCCGAACCCGUGCCAAAGACUUCCUGAAGCGUAUGGAUACUCUGCGUUCCAGGGGAACUGUGGGAAGAGGCCGUAAGACGAUAGUGAUCAGUGCUCCAGUUCUGCAGGAGGAGGCCCAGGCACUGAAGACGCUGCGAUGUGUGGAGAUAAUAAAUGGAGAAGUAGAGGCUUCGGAAACACCGUCCAACAAAGUUGUUCCAUCCCAGUCCAGCAGUGAGGGCAGCAGCCAUUCAAGCGGCAGUGCUGUCAGCACACCCAGCCUGAAGGAGCGUAAGCCUCACCGAGCCGACUACAAGCGCAGUGGCAUGUAUUUGGAGGACGUCGACAUCUUCUCAGGCAACCAAGUGAAUAAAGUUGCAGAACAAAACCGCAGGAAUGAAUUCUGCUCCCAUGAAGACCUGGUGGUCCACAUUCCCAAAGACCACAAGCCAGGAACCUUCCCCAAAGCACUGUCCAUAGAGAGCCUGUCCCCCACCAACGGGGCUUCUAUCAACUGGCACACAGGCAGCAUGCACCUGGAAUCCCCACCACUCAUUUCAUGCAGGAAGGAAUCUAGACCUGUCACCCAGUGCUGCUCCAGAGGCAGCCGCAUCAGCGUGUAUGAUAAUGUUCCUGGCUCCCAUCUGUAUGCCAGCACAGGAGACCUGAUAGACCUGGAGAAAGAGGACCUGUUCCCCCACCUGGACGAUAUCCUGCUGCAUGUCAAUGGCUUACAGCAGAUUGUGGACCACUGGUCUCAGAAUGUGUUGCCUGUCGCAGACGGAUUAGCGCAGGUGGACAGAGAAGGGAGAGAGGACACAGUAGGCCUCCAGUCUUCAAGCCAGAUCACAUUGGACUUUGAGGGAAAUUCUGUCACAGGAAGUCAGACCACACCAAGUUACGGGGAUGGAGAUAGAGUUUCGUUAGCUGAGACGGAAUCUACGCCGCUCAGGGAGAGGAGGGACUCAGGAGUAGGUGCUUCACUCACAAGACCCAAUCGGUUACGAUGGCCCAGCUUUCAGAUAUCUAAUCGCAUAAGUCACUCAGUAGCAUCCCUGCAGAUCACCAACCAGUCAGCAGGCCAGCUCAGUUUGUUGCAGAAGUUUUCUCUUCUGCGCCUAACUGCGAUUAUGGAGAAGUACUCCAUGUCUAACAAACAUGGCUGGACUUGGUCAGUGCCAAAGUUCAUGAAGAGAAUGAAGGUACCAGACUAUAAGGAUAAGAACGUGUUUGGAGUGCCUCUCAUCGUGCAUGUGCAACGUUCUGGACAACCUUUGCCGCUUGGCCUGCAGCAGGCGCUACGCUACCUGAGGAGCCAGUGUCUUGACCAGGUGGGUCUGUUUCGUAAGUCAGGGGUGAAGUCUCGGAUUCAAGCUCUCAGGCAAAUGAAUGAGAACUCUCCAGACAAUGUGAACUAUGAGGACCAGUCUGCGUAUGAUGUGGCCGACAUGGUGAAGCAGUUCUUCAGAGAUCUACCUGAGCCUCUGCUCACGAGCAAACUGGGAGAGACUUUUCUUCACAUCUACCAAUAUGUGCCAAAGGACCAAAGGUUACAAGCCGUCCAGGCAGCCAUCAUGUUGAUGUCAGAUGAAAACAGAGAGGUGCUGCAGACUCUGCUCUGUUUCCUCAGCGAUGUCACUUCCUCUGUGGAGGAGAACCAGAUGACACCCAUGAACAUUGCUGUUUGCCUGGCUCCGUCACUCUUUCAUCUCAACAUACUCAAGAAAGACAAUCUCUCACCCAGGGCCAUGCAGAAGAAGUAUGCCACUGGCAGGCCGGACCAGAAGGACCUGAAUGAAAACUUAGCAGCGACUCAAGGCCUUGCUCAUAUGAUCAUAGAAUGCAACCGUCUCUUUGAGAUCCCUCAUGAGAUGGUUACUCAGUCGCGUAAUUCAUAUGUGGAGGCUGACUUGCAUGCACCAACAAUCGUCGAGCUGUGCAAGCAGCUGGAAGAUGAUGAUGGAACGUACCAAACUCAUAUGGAGGGGAGGCUUCAGAACCUGCUCAAAGAGGCCCGGGAAAAGUCGAAGUACUGGGUGUCCUGCAGCAGUUCUGACAACACAGAGCUCUACUAUAAGAAGGUGGGAGAUGGGAACCCUUUGAGACGUUGGAGAGUCUCCGUGGAGGUGGAAGCGCCACCAUCUGUGGUGUUGAACCGUGUGCUGAGAGAGCGCCACCUGUGGGACGUGGACCUGCUCCAGUGGAAAGUCUGUGAGACACUGGACAAGCACACAGAGGUGUUCCAGUAUGUCCUGAAUCGCAUGCCUCCUCAUCCUAGCAGGGACUUUGUAGUGAUCAGGUCAUGGAGAACAGACUUGCCAAAAGGUGCCUGCUCCCUGGUCUCUGUGUCUAUAGAGCAUGAGGACUGUCCCUCUGUUGGAGGGGUACGCGCAAUAGUCCUGGAGUCCAACUACCUACUGGAGCCCUGUGGCUCAGGAAAGUCCAGACUUACUCACAUCUGCAGAGUGGACUUGAAGGGAAGGACUCCAGAUUGGUACAACAAAGCCUUUGGUCAUCUUUGUGCGGCAGAAGCUGCCCGAAUUCGUAACUCCUUCCAGCCUUUAAUCACUGAUGGCCCGGAGACCAAAAUCUGAAACUUUGUCUGCUCAGCGAUGAGAUCAAGAUUGAGCCUUUGAGUCAUUGCUAACAGGCAGACAUAAUGCAUUGACAGAGCCCCAGAACUAAAGCACAGUUUCUAUCAGCCCUAAAAAAAAAUAAUUGGAGCUCCUCUGUACUUGCACAAUGACAAGAGGACAUCUUAUAGGUGCUGAGCAUAAAUACUCAAUGGGAAAUUAAUCAUCCUGCCAAUGUCCACAGAGUUAGGAUUUGAUGUACCUUCAUGUUGCUAAACCUCUCUGUAAUAAUUAUUGUUAUCUUUAAUAAUAUUAUAUUACUGUUACUUUAAUCUACAAUGUCUAGGACAUUCAAGCUCUUAAAUGCUUCUGGGAAGCAUGUUUAUGUUAUUCUCUUCAGAUUUAAGCUAUAAUUAUGAUACAGACUCAAGUGUCUUUGUAAAUAUGUGAGUGAAUAUACUGUACAUGCAAACACAAUGUAAAUAUUGUAUAUAUGUAAAGGGUUAAAUAGUGAAUAUGUUAAUAUCCUAUAUAUUGAUUUUGUCAGUGUCAACCUUCCUGUAAUACACGUGGUACACAAGUGUAAGCUGGUUUUACUUUGCUUCAGUAUUGCCAUUUCUUAAUGGGUGUAAUUUUAUUCAACUUUGACCUCCUAUGGUUGUAAAAUGAAUGACUUAAGGUUUGACUCGAUCAUACCUGCUUAAGGGUACUGGAUUGUGAAGUCAAGGACAAAACACAUCCUUUUUUAAUAAAACUAUCAAAAACAA